GGCCGAGGAGAUCGAAGAGCAGAACCUGUGCAGGCUAUCCUUCUGUGCAUCAUUGCACGAAGAGGAACCAUCCAUCUCGAGCAGUUCGAGUCCUACACAAUAAUCCAUAUUUGAGGAGAUGGUCAGUAGACCAGCAGGAGGAGGUGGAGGAGGUGGAGGAGGUGGAGGAGGCGGAGGAGGCGGAGGAGGCGAAAGAGGAGGCGAAAGAGGAGGCGGAGGUGGUGAAGGAGGAGGAGGCAAACACAACGGCUCGACGGGAGAGAGGGAAAAAGGACGAACGGGGGAAGGAAGUUCAGCAAUACACGAUCUGGCAGGGAGUGGUUGGAGGCGUCUGAGAGGGGGAGGAGAAGGAGGAGGAGAUCCUGUAGACUCACCGCCGAUAUGGGUGUGGAGGUUGGCGGAGUGCUGUGGGCUCGCCUCUGCCCUUCGCUGGAUGUGGAGAUUCAUAAGACCAGCUUUGACAAGUCUGGGGUUAGAUCGGGUUUGGAAUUAUCUGCAGAACGUUCUAGCGAGGCAAAGCCGAGGAUUGGAGAGGGUGGAAGAGGAACAAGCGGUUCGCGGAGGAAGUGGAAGACGAGAAGAAGAUGUCGAAGAUGAAGAGGAAGAUGAAGAAGGAAGAGAGGGGGAGGAGGAGGAGCAUAUGGUGCAUCUGAUGAGAGUGUCGUCCUUAUCUUCGUUAUCAUCGUCAUCUUCAUCGUCCAUGUCCAGAACAUUUUCCGGGCUCGAGCUAGAUAGAAUCGAUAUAGAAGGCGCACAGCUACUUCAUCAGGAGAGCGCCAGGGGAGAUGGGCUUCGGCUGACACCUGGUGACCAUGUCGGUCAUGGAGAUCGGACUGAGUUCAGCUUUGCCGUCGAGCAGCAAUCUGUUGAGCUUGAACGAACGGAGGGUGCAGUUUCAGCAACAUGCCAAGAUCACCAGCAUCAUAGAGGGAGCAGCAGUAGCACGGUUUCGAGUGCAGGGGUGGACGAGGCUGAUCAUAAACCAAUCACGGUGAUUUCUUGCCGCUUCGUCACCCUCGUUUCCCCCAACCCGCAAGACCUGCCCUGGCUGGGAAUCAGACAGAAAUACAUAAUGUGAAUGGAGAGAAACCCUCAAGGCAACAACCGCGUGUGUGAGAGUUCGUUUCUGUACGAGUGUGUUUGAAUCGGAAGGCGCGCCUACGCGC